CGUCGACAUGUCUAUGGCUGCCUCCCGCGCUGUGCUCCGGCACUCUCGUUUCGCCGUGCGCCGCGCCGGCCUCCGCAACGCCUCCUCGACCUCCGACGCUGCCAAUGCCGCCAAGGACAAGGCUUCGCAAGCUACCUCCAAGGCCUCCGAGGGUCUUUCUCGCGUCAGCUCCUCUGGUAGCUCGGCCAUGUCCAAGGCCAGCCAGUACGGCAGCGCCGCCGUCCAGCGCCUGAGCGCCAUGGGAGGUAGGACCGCGAAGCUGGUCGGUUUCGUUCAGUCCCUCGUCCCCCCGACCGUCUACUACUCCCGCGUCGGUCUCGAGCUUAGCAAGCUCAUCUUCGAGGCCCGCAAGAUGAGCCCUCCUUCCAUGCAACAGUUCCAGACCUACCUUGAGCCCGUCUGGAACUCCCUUAAGAACCCCGGUCGCCUCUUCUCCCAGACCGCCGCUUCCGGCUCGGCGCAGCCCACCUCCAUCCUCGGCCGCGCCAGGAACAUGAGCAGAGCGGAGAUGGCUGGCGCUGGCGUCAUCGCGGCUGAGGUUCUCGGCUUCUUCACCGUUGGUGAGAUGAUUGGCCGCAUGAAGGUUGUUGGCUACAGGACGAGCGGUCCUCACACCCAGGACCCCCUGCACUAAGCAGCGACAAGUUUGAUGGAUCUGGAUGACAGGCUUACGUCUGGGGAGGGGAGUCGAGCCGAAUAAAUGAAAAGCAGAGUAGGUUGGAAAGGCCUUAGAGGGAUGCCGAUGGCUAGAGGAGCAGUUUGUCCCACGGGCCAAACAUUGUACUACAUGCACAUAUGCUGCUUCUAGAUUUCCUCUUUUCCUUUGUGCGAUGUACACCAAGUAGCAAUGGCAAUUUUUGGACCAUUCGGCCCAGCGGAAUGUUUGUACCGACACGUCUUAUAAAAAUUCACGGGGUUCUUAGUUCAUCAGCCUGAGAUCCGACCGGUCGGAGUUCCUCAAGGUUAUUUACCUAUCAUCACUAAAUCCAAAUCUAUAAAAAGC